CGCCUGGCGGACAUUCUCACUCGACUCGCGGACUGACGAGCGGUCGCCGGUUGUCUCUGACGUGUCGGUCGCGUUCCCCGCUGGCGUAGCCAUGGACGAGAUGGAGGAAGAGCUCAAGUGCCCCGUGUGCGGCUCCUUCUUCCGCGAGCCCAUCAUCCUGCCCUGCUCGCACAACAUUUGCCUGGCGUGCGCCCGGAACAUCCUGGUCCAGACGCCCGAAGCCGAGUCCCCGCAGAGUAGCCGAGCCUCCGGCUCCGACUACGACUACCUGGACCUGGACAAGAUGAGCUUGUACAGCGAGGCGGACAGCGGCUACGGCUCGUACGGGGGCUUCGUCAGCCUGCCCACCACUCCGUGCCAAAAGUCCCCCAACGGGGUGCGGGUGUUCCCCCCGGGUCCGGCGCCUUCGCCGCACCCGCCGCACCAGCAGCCCCCCGCGAAGCAACAAGCCGGCUGCCUGCUGGCGCCCAUCCCCCGCAACGCGUGCAUCACGUGUCCGCAGUGCCACCGCAGCCUUCUGCUGGACGAGCGGGGUCUGCGCGGCUUCCCCCGCAACCGGGUGCUGGAGGGGGUCGUGGAGCGCUACCGCCAGGGCCGGGCGGCCGCGCUCAAGUGUCAGCUGUGCGAGAGGAGCCCCCGCGAGGCCGCCGUCAUGUGCGAGCAGUGCGACGUGCUGUACUGCGAGCCCUGCCGGAUGCGCUGCCACCCGCCCCGCGGCCCGCUUGCCAAGCACCGGCUGCUGCCGCCCGCCCAGGGCCGGGUCGGGCCCGGGCGACGCGCGGCGCCCCGCAAGACCUCGACGUGCACGGAGCACGAGCUGGAGAACCUAAGCAUGUACUGCGUGCAGUGCAAGACGCCCGUGUGCUACCAGUGCCUGGAGGAGGGCAAGCACGGCACACACGAGGUCAAGGCGCUGGGAGCCAUGUGGAAGCUGCACAAGGGUCAACUGUCUCAGGCUCUAAACGGACUGUCGGACCGAGCCAGCGAGGCCAAAGAGUUCCUCGUGCAGCUCAGGAACACCGUGCAGCACAUCCAGGAGAACAGUGUGGAAUUUGAAGCGUGUCUGGUGGCACAGUGCGACGCCCUCAUCGAAGCGCUCAACCGCCGCAAGGCUCAGCUACUCGCUUGCGUCAAUCAGGAGCACGAACACAAGCUCAAGGUGGUGCGUGAUCAGAUCUCCCACUGCACGGUGAAGCUGCGCCAGACGACGGGCCUGAUGGAGUACUGCCUGGAGGUGAUCAAAGAAAACGACCCCAGCGGCUUCCUCCAGAUCUCGGACGCGUUGAUCCGGAGGGUCCUGAUGACGGAGAGCCAGUGGGGCAAAGGGACGCUGACACCGAGGAUGACCAGCGAUUUCGACCUGACGCUGGACAGCGCGCCGCUGCUGCAGACCAUCCAUCAGCUGGACUUUGUGCAGAUGAAAGUGCCGUCGGCGCCCAUGCUCCAGCUGGAAGAAUGCUUCACGGAGAACAACAGUGCCACGUUGUCAUGGAAACAACCGCCGCUCUCCACCAUCGCCGUGGACGGGUACAUCCUGGAGUUGGACGACGGCGACGGCGGCCACUUCAGGGAAGUGUACGUGGGGACGGAGACCAUCUGCACGGUGGACGGCCUGCACUACAACAGCACGUACAAAUCCAGGGUGAAGGCUUUCAACGCCAGCGGCGUGGGACAGUACAGCAAGACGCUAGUCAUGCACACGUCUCAUGCUGGACUCCCCCCGGGUGAUAUGCAGUCAGUGGCCUGGUUCACUUUUGACGCGGCGUCGGCACACCCGGACAUCAUCUUGUCCAACGACAACCUGACGGUGACGUGCAACAGCUACGACGACCGCGUGGCCCUGGGGGGCGCCGCCUUCUCGCGCGGCGUCCAUUACUGGGAGAUGACGCUGGACCGUUACGACAACCACCCGGACCCGGCCUUCGGGGUCGCGCGCGCCGACGUCCUGAAAGAUGUCAUGCUGGGCAAAGACGACAAGGCCUGGGCCAUGUAUGUGGACAACAACCGUUCCUGGUUCAUGCACAACAACUCACACACCAACAGGACGGACGGCGGCAUCGGCAAAGGCUCCACCAUCGGCGUGCUGCUGGACUUCACGCGCAGGAUCCUCAUCUUCCUCAUCAAUGACGAGCAGCAGGGGCCCGUGGCCUUCGAGGCCCUGGAGGGCACCUUCUACCCCGCCAUCAGCCUCAACCGGAAUGUACAGGUGACGCUGCACACCGGCUUGCCCAUCCCGGAUUUCUACACGCCGGGGGAGGUUGAUCCCGCCGCCCACAUGUGCUAAAAACGUCAACCCCC